CCCCACACUCCCCCCGCCCCGCGCUCCUCGACACCCUAGGUUCUCCAUUUUCCUCUCUACAAUGGCGGCUUCUCCCAUUUUCCGAUCCUCCUCUCUAUCGCCUCUAUCGCCCCAACUCCCUCAACACAACUCAUCCGCCAACGCUAAACCCCGUGGCACCGCCCAUUUUACCCCAAUCAAAGCAACCACCUCUUCCGACCCCGCUACGACAUCCCCUUCACCCGCACCACAAUCUUCUAACCAUCUCAAGCAUCGACGCUCAGCUGACGAGAAUAUCCGGGACGAGGCCCGUCGCCACAACGCUGCUCACAACUUCUCGGCCAAGUACGUGCCCUUUAACGCCGACCCCACGUCGACCGAGUCUUAUUCACUGGAUGAGAUCGUGUAUCGAAGCCGCUCUGGUGGCCUCCUCGACGUCCAGCACGACAUGGACGCUUUAAAGAAAUUUGAUGGUCAGUACUGGCGAUCCCUUUUCGAUUCCCGUGUAGGCAAGACCACAUGGCCGUAUGGGUCGGGAGUCUGGUCUAAGAAGGAGUGGGUUUUACCGGAAAUUGAUAGUGAUGAUAUUGUUAGUGCGUUUGAGGGGAACUCGAAUCUUUUUUGGGCUGAGCGUUUUGGCAAACAGUUUCUGGGCAUGAACGAUUUGUGGGUGAAACAUUGUGGGAUUAGUCAUACUGGUAGUUUUAAGGACUUGGGCAUGACUGUUUUGGUGAGCCAAGUGAAUCGGUUGCGCAAAUUGAACCGGCCCGUGGUGGGAGUUGGGUGUGCAUCCACGGGUGAUACAUCAGCGGCUCUGUCAGCUUAUUGUGCCGCUGCUGGGAUUCCGUCCAUUGUGUUUUUACCAGCGAACCGGAUAUCCAUUGCACAGUUGGUUCAGCCAAUAGCCAAUGGGGCUUUUGUAUUGAGUAUAGAUACUGAUUUUGACGGUUGUAUGCAGUUGAUUCGUGAAGUCACCUCUGAGUUACCCAUUUAUUUGGCCAAUUCGUUGAAUAGUUUGAGGUUGGAAGGGCAGAAAACCGCUGCAAUUGAGAUUUUGCAGCAGUUUGAUUGGGAAGUGCCCGAUUGGGUGAUUGUUCCUGGUGGAAAUUUGGGGAAUAUAUAUGCAUUUUACAAAGGUUUCCAUAUGUGCAAAGAGUUGGGACUCGUUGAUAGGAUUCCGAGGCUUGUUUGUGCUCAAGCAUCUAAUGCUAAUCCACUUUACUUGCAUUACAAAUCAGGAUGGAAGGACUUUAAGCCAGUUAAGGCAGGUACUACCUUCGCAUCUGCUAUUCAGAUUGGUGAUCCUGUUUCAAUUGAUAGAGCAGUUUUUGCAUUGAAGAAUUCAAAUGGGAUUGUUGAGGAGGCAACUGAGGAGGAGUUGAUGGAUGCCAUGGCCCAGGCAGAUUCAACUGGGAUGUUUAUAUGCCCUCACACUGGUGUGGCAUUGACUGCAUUGUUUAAGUUGAGGCAAAGUGGGGUUAUCCGUCCUACAGAUAGGACUGUUGUGGUAAGUACUGCUCAUGGAUUAAAGUUCACACAAUCCAAAGUCGACUACCAUUCUGGGGAGAUUAAAGACAUGGCCUGCCGGUUUGCAAAUCCACCUGUUCAAGUGAAGGCAGAUUUUGGGUCGGUCAUGGAUGUUCUGAAAAAUUAUCUGAUGAGCAAGGAGUCCAAACAUUAGACUUGGUUUAUUUUAUGAAAGUAUUGCAGGUCAUGUUCGUCUGAUGGAUUAGAAAGAUGUGUAUCCAGUAGGAGUUGCAAAAGAUUUCUGAAGCCUAAUGCAAAUCUUAGCAGCCCAAGAAUCUGUAAGGUUAUUCCUUUUCCUCUUCAAUCCAUCGAGCUUGUAGCCUUCUAAUUGCCUUAUAAAUUUGAGCACAAGACUAAUUUGGUUUGAUUUGAUCAUGAGAAAUGUUCUCAUGAUCAAUUUUUAAUUCAUUCUCAAUUUGAUACAAUGACCAUGUUUCUAGAAUUGACUUCUCGUUGACCCACACCACAAAGACGGAGCCCGUGACAACACAGUCAUUGUAUAAAGGUAUGGCAAUGUGCAUUCACGGGGCUUCUGUUCUUAUUGUUCCAUGUCCCUUUUACCCCACCCCUCACCAUCUUCUUUCUAUAUAAACUACCCCUUGCAUUUCUUUGAACCUCAGCAAGCAAGCAAAAGCAAUAGGGUAUACUAACAUGUUUAAUAUGGAAUCGUAUAAGAAGGUUGCAAUUUUGAUGCUGUUGAUGUCUAUAGCCAUAAGCAGUAACAUUCUCGAGGUGUCGAAUGCACAAACCAUAUGCAACAUGUCCGGGAAGGUCUGAUGGCAUGCAGGCCAGCGGCUACAUCCCCGACCCCACCACUUCCGUCGGCCGCCUGUUGUUAUGCAAUCUCGCACGCAGACUUUCUCUGCCUUUGUUUCUACAAGAACUCCAAAUUCUUGCCCUCACUGGGAGUCGACCCAAAUCUUGCCAUGCAGCUGCCGUCAAAGUGCAAACUUCCUCGUCCGGCAAAAUGCUAACGUAUAACUUCGAACAGAACAAGAAAGAGUGUGAUAAUCCUAAUGCUCAUUAGAGCAAUAUUUCGUGCCUGUUUUUAUAUUCUAAAGCUUGUCGGUUGCUGCAUUUUGUACUGGGAGCCUGUAGGAACGCUAUACAUAUGAUUACCUGUUUAUGCUUACUUAUUUUCAAUUUAGUUGCAUUGUCAAAAUAUAAGUUUCAGUGUGAAGUUAAUUGUUGGUCAAAUAACAUUUUCAUUUUGCUGUCA